AUGGCUUCGAAGAAAACCUUGAAAGAGAUUCUAGAUUCAGAGUAUGUCGAGGAUAGCGACGACGAUGGAAAAUCGGCACAAGACGCUACAAACUCGGCAACACUUGACACGGAAGAGGAAACUGUAGAUCGAGACUAUUGCAUAGACUGCAAGGACAUGAAAACAGAGAUCAUCUGCAGAGAUUGCGAAGAACAGUACUGUGUUGUUUGCUUCGAAAUGAUUCAUCGCAGUGGGCGUAGAAAGAAGCAUGAAUACGUGAAAACAAGUUUAGAGCAACCCUCAUCAGCGUCAGACGAGCAGGAACAACAGCAAAUACAAGACUCUCGCAAUGAGGCUGCCGGUAUAGAUACUGAGGAAGCUGGUCAAAAAAAUAAUGUGCGUGAAAUGUCGAACUCAGAUAAUUCUAUGGAUCAAAAAAUGCUCGCUAUGUUGAUAAAGCAUGCCAAGUAUAUUCCCAUGAGGCUAACAUCCGAGGAGAGGCAUGUCUUGAGGCUUCUUGAAGCCGCUCUGCAUGUGUCUGAAUACACAGAUCGCGUUGACAUAAUAUCCUACAAGUCCAAGGCUAAGCGAAUCGUCGAGCAACUCAAGGAAAUGUGCUCCGUUUUGUGUGGGUUGGUCAUAGCAUCCAAUUUGAAGAUUGGUAAAAAGCUGCUGGAGAUGAAAAACUUCUCUGACAACUCUUCGUGGUUUCAAGAUGUCUUCGAGAUUGGCAGACGUUACAAAAUCAUGAAUCCUGAAAAAAUGAGAGACACCUACGGCAAACUGUGUUACAUGAUCAUGGAUUCGCGGUUACCUCAGAUCGAAGACCACAUGGAAUUCCAUCUUUUCAAGCCUAUAAGCACAGUAUAUGAUUUUCUAAACUCGAGAACAGAAGAUGGUCAAGCUCUAAAGUUGUUCGAAGAUAAGCUGAUCUUGUAUGCUACCUCUCAAGUAUCCCCGGUGGGCAAGGCGAGAGGCGAAAUCAACCGCCUAAUCAGACAGAAAGAAACGGCAAUCGAAAAGCUAGCCUCCAGAUACAGCAACAAGUACUACAGCAAAGAUGAUAUCCGUCAAGUUCUUUACUCCAUAGGUGAUUACAAUGCAUACAUCAAUAUGAAUCGCAGGCCCGUGAUAAGAAUGCUUGAAAGGCUUGAGGCCUUCCAGAAUCCAGACAUCGCCUCUCAGUACUCAAUCGGAAUUCAAUACGGAAGAAAUGGAGCUCGUUUGACCCACGAUCACUUUCGUCAAAUGCAGUACGUGCAACAAUCACUCACCUUGUGGUCUUGCAUUCAACGAGAAAUGAUACAUCUGUGGUAUAUUGCCGACCAGGACCUAUACAGCCCUCAGGAAUACAGACUAGCAUCGACGGGGCAAGGGCUCAAUCGGAUCAAGGCCUGUCCUGCACUUUACCGGGAAAUGCAUAAAAUACUAAACGAGUGUCGCUCGAAGUGCGACACCUGGGUUGGAUCCUCGGUAGUUCAUCUGGGCGAUGACGCUGUGCCUAAUGCUCUAUUUUUUCUCGAUAAAUAUACCCAGGUGCCUAACAUUUUGAUCCCGUUCGACCAGGCAUUGCUGAAGAUAAAUGAUCUGGUUAAAGAAGAUCCGGCCCUCCUACAAUACAUUGAAUCAGAAUACGGUUCCACCGAGGACUUGAAGUUAACCAUUUUGCAGGAUGCCUUUGCCCACAUGUUCGACGGAUCGGGCGCAGACAACUUCUACAUGAGCGGUUCGUGCAUAGACGGCAGGCUGACUUCAGCUUGGAACCACACCAAUGCCAUCGCUAAAAAGAAGUAUUAUAAAAUCUUUUUGAUGACCGGAUUCAUUGGGUUCAACGGUCAAGAUGGAUUUUAG